GACUUUAUUAAGAAUGAGAUUAAGACCUUCUCCUCCGGCUUAACCGCUGUCGGUAACCCAUACUGGUUAACCUCGAAGGAAAAACGUCUGGAGAACCCCGGCGCGUCUAUAGCCAUUGCUUUUAAGACUGAAAAAGAGAGACGCCAAGCUGUCUCUAACCGCCUCUUCAUAGCAGGGAUUAGCUGUAAGGUAGAAAACCUUCUCAAUACCCCGCGGGAUCAACUUUGCCGGAACUGCAACCAAACCGGCCAUGAAACCACUCGGUGUAAACGCCAACCCCGCUGCGCCCUCUGUAAUAAGAGGACCCAUCAACUUGCAAUCGAACUAAAUAUUGACUUAAUACUAGUCCAGGAACCUUGGAUUAGUAACUCCAAAAAUCCUAAAGAUAAACGGUCUAUUAAUCACCCAUCUUUCGGACAACUUCUCCCGGCUCACUCACCCGAUUUAAGAUCUAGAACUCUAGUUUACUUCGCCCGGAACCUAAAGGGUUCCCAAAUAAACUAUAGGGAAGAUCUCUUCCAGUCCCCGGACCUAAUGGUUUUAGAUCUAGUUUUAAAGGAUAAAACGCUCCAGAUAAUUAAUCUUUACAACCAGAAACCCCAGGACGGACCCUCAACAUCCCUUACGCUUGAACGAGAACAAGGCUACGCCCCGCUACGCCCAUACUCAAUUAUAGCAGGGGAUUUUAACCUCCAUCACCCUUGGUGGGACCCA